CAGAAAGCAGCUUCCGCUUUCCUGUGAUCGGGGGAAGAAGAAAAUGAGUUGGCAAUGCCCUCCUCUUCUGCUCUCCGCCGACGAUCCCAACAACGGAACCCUAACUUCCCCUCUCUCCGUCUCUCUCGCGAUUUCCUCUCUCGCGCUGAUUUUGGUGCUCGGCGUUGCUGCAUUCUUUCUUGAAUUUGUUAGAAAGAUUGGAUGCAAGCACUCGCUUGAGAGAUUAGACGCGUCCGAUGCAUUCUUUGAGGAUCCCGACUCGUUGAAGAAGGUUCCAUGCCCUACUAUAUUUGAUCCUGCGGAGAAGUAUUUAUCUUUGGUUAUCCCCGCAUAUAAUGAAGAGCUUAGGCUUCCUGAAGCUCUGGAAGAGGCAUUGAACUAUCUCCAGGAACGCUCAGCUGCUGACAAGACCUUUACUUAUGAGGUGUUGAUAGUUGAUGAUGGCAGUAAGGAUAGAACAUCAAAAGUAGCAUUCAACUUUGUUAGGAAGUACAAGAUUGAUAAUGUAAGAAUCAUCCUACUGGAAAGAAAUCAUGGAAAAGGAGAAGCUAUAAGAAAAGGAAUGCUUCAUUCGCGUGGUGAACUCCUUUUGAUGCUUGAUGCUGAUGGGGCAACUAAGGUGACUGACCUAGAAAAGCUUGAAAGCCAGAUACAUGCGCUAGCACAGAAGAAAGAGAAACUUAGUUCACAGGCUACAACACCAAUUGACUCAAGACAUAAGCUAUCUGAUAUGGAAAUUGCUGUAUUUGGUUCCCGUGCUCAUCUUGAAAAAGAGGCUCUUGCAACGCGGAAGUGGUACCGUAAUUUUCUUAUGAAGGGUUUCCAUCUUGUUGUUCUAAUGGCUGCUGGUCCAGGAAUUCGUGAUACACAGUGUGGCUUUAAGAUGUUUACGAGGGCUGCUGCCUGCAAGCUUUUCACAAACAUCAGAUUGAAGAGGUGGUGUUUUGAUGUUGAGAUUGUCUAUUUAUGCAAACAUCUAAAAAUCCCAAUGAUUGAGGUUUCUGUGAACUGGUCUGAGAUACCUGGUUCAAAAGUGAGGCUAACUAGCAUUGUGCACAUGCUCUUUGAGCUUGUUCUCAUUCGUUUGGGCUAUGGGCUUGGCAUUUGGAAAAUUCAUACUUAAUUGACAUUUAUCAGAGAUCAGAGAGAAGUUUCGAUCCUUACUUUAAGAAACAGCAAUUGCAUACACAGGAACAAGGUACUCAAGAUAUAUCGGGAGGCAAAAGGUUAUUCGUUCAGUCCUCUUUGUAAAAGUAAAUUCCUCCCCUUUUAGUAUGCAUUGGCCACGAAUGAGGGGAUCUUUUUCGGGAGGUCUAAGUUAUCGAUAUUAUGAAAGGGAAUUAUAAACUUUGUUUUUCUGAUUAUACAUUGUAUUGGGUGAUGGAUGUACUGAGACAACGCCUGAUCCAGAAAAGGUACAUUGAGUUAGAUUUUAGAAAUCAUACUGUUUACAUUGUACUGUUAUCAGAAACACUUGUGGUUCGGAGCUUCUCUUUGGAAUGCAUGAUGCAGAUUGAGUUCU